UUUUGGUACUGGAAUGAUGACUACUGUAGAAGUUGUCGAGAAGAAGCAAAACUAUACUAGUGUGCAUGAAGCAGUAAAAGCUGGUGAUGUAGAACAGCUUGCAUUGAUGAUUGAAAGUGGAGCUGGUGUUAACGAGGUGGAUGUAGUCCACAAAUUCACACCCUUGCAUUGUGCUGCCCACUCUGGAAGUCUGGAGUGCCUUCACUGGUUGCUCUGGCAUGGAGCUGACACAACUCAUGUGACUGUCAGAGGCUGGACAGCGGCUCACCUUGCGGCCAUCAGAGGGCAGGAUGCCUGCAUGCAGGCUUUAUUAAUAAAUGGAGCAAAUGCAGAAGCUCGGGAUGACCGUGGGUGCACGCCGGCACACUUGGCUGCAGCCCACGGGCAGUCCUACACCUUGCAGACCCUACUGAGAAGUGGAGCGAAUGUAAAUGUUUCAGACAGGAAUGACUGGAAACCUGUUCAUUAUGCUGCUUUUCAUGGUCGUUUGGGGUGUUUGCAGCUUCUUGUUCGGUGGGGAGCGUGUAUCGAUGAUGUGGAUAACAAUGGAAACCUUCCAGCCCACCUGGCAGCAGUGGAAGGACACCUGCAUUGCUUUAAGUUCUUGGUUGGGAAAAUGGCCAGUGUCACACACACACUGAAAGCCAGGAAUGACCAAGGAGAGACUCCAAGGGACUUGGCUGAACGGUUCUAUAAAGAUAAUAUUCUGCAAUAUAUUGAUGGUAUGGAAAAAGAGGGUGAGCAUCCAGAGGCACAGGAAGUUUUAGCUUUCCCAGCUCAUGACGCUGCUUUCAAAGGGGACUUGUUAGUGCUUAGAAGAUUAGUGAGAAGUGGAGUAAUCAAUAUCAAUGAGCGGGAUGAUAAGGGAUACACUCUCAUGCACAAAGCUGCUGAACAGGGGCAUAUCCAUUGCUUACAGUGGUUGAUUGAAAUGGGAGCUGACUGUGACAUUACAAAUGAUGCUGGAGAGACUCCAAAGGAUGUAGCCAAGAGAUGUGCCCGUCUUGCAGCUGUGCAACUUUUGAUACCAAGAACUGGAGACAGUAACUCUAGUGAUGAAGAACUAGAUGCAAACAACAUAAAGUUUUUUGAAAGACAUGGUGUGGAAGGGAGUACAGAUAGCAAAGAAGAUUUAACCCUGGAUAAAGCAGAGAAAAGGAACGCACGCAUGAGGGCUUAUCACAAGAUUCAAGAACUUCAGCAACUUCUAGAAAUUGCCUACAGCAACUACAGACAGCUGGGAGGAAUAACUGAGGAGGAGAGGAAGGUGAAAAGAGAAGAAAGAAAAGUCGAGAAGACUGUGAGGGAGCUGGAGGCCCAGCUGGAGUAUGAGCGAGUCAGAAGGGAGAAGCUGGAGAGCCAGCUGGAUGACUACCGUGCUGAGAUAAGCCACCUUAAGGAGAGCCUGGAGAAAACCUCCAUCCCCCCUGCUGUCCCUGUGGAAGCCGAGACAAUUGCCAAGUCUUGCAAAGACAAAAAGAAAAUCAAGAAGCAGCCAGCCUGCAGCCCAGGAGGAGUGUUUGUGAGGCUACGCUGAAACAACCCUCCAAGGAGGGGCAGGAGACUGCAAAGGUAGAAAGGCAAUACUCCAGACAAUGCCAAGUGUUUGCAUGGUCCAGCUGCACACAUGAGUUGUGUUUCUCUGCCUUUCACUGAACUGUGGUUUUAGUUCUCUGAUGCAGCAGCAGCAAAUGUGGUUUAGCAAAAGCUAUGCAAAUUAUAAACUGACAUUUUCAAGAGUUAACAGCAGCAAUGUCAUAGGCCCUCGCAGUUCUGAGAUAAGUACCUCUGUCUCCUGGUCUAUUUUGUACUGUGACCUUAGAAAGGAAAAAGUGCACAUCACCUCCUAGAAUAUUCAGAUAGGACCUUCAGUGUGGAAGUAGAAUACAGUCUCCAGAAGAAUUACUUCUCAGCUGCUGACAGGUACCAGGCACUUUGAUUUUCAUCUUCAAGUCAUUCUGAAAGAAGCCAGGAAGUGACUCCUUCGUGAGUUGACAGAUGAACUGCAGCAUCAGGCCUCUGACUCAGGGCUGAAGAGUUUACUAGGGUAUGGGGCAUGUUAUGGUUAGAAAUGGCAACCCUGACCU